CAAAGAAUCUGUGGUUUAAUAUGGUUUAAUUAUAGUGAAACUUGUUAAUGAAAUUUUAAAUUGAUUUGUUUUAUUGAAUUGUUGUUUUUAAAGUUAUAGUUUGUGUUCAAUUAAUUAAAAACCAUGCGCAAGUUAUUGAAGUUAGUGCAUUAAUGAGUCGGUUCAGAAGUCAAUUAUUCGUUUAAACUAAAUUAAGAGUGAUGUCUCUCCUAACAAUUCAACCAGUGCUACUUAAUUCCACAGACGAUUAUUUAUUGAAAAAAUUUAAUGAAACACAAUUAUCUUUCGAGUACAAUUUAGUUUGUUUGUCAUGUGCAUCACUUGGAAUUGUGGGCGCUAUAUAUCAGAUUUUACCAAGAAAUUAUACUCAAUUUAGAAGGUUUCAACUAUGUAGGAGUAGACAAAUUAUAAUAUGGUUAGCAGUAGCAGAUCUUAUGGCAGCUUUAGGUAUUUUUGCACGAUCAAUCGUAUAUCUCUUGCUGAGCAAGCAAAUAAAUAAUUUAGACAACAACUACUACAGUAUUUUAUUUUCUACAGUUUCAUCGAUCUGGGUCCAAUACUUCUACACCUCGACAUGGUUCUGGACGUUGGUGUACGCCCUGGAUGUCAGAAGAUCUUUGCGCAGUCAGCCACCAGCCGUCUUUCUUUCUCAUGUUUUCUGCUGGUUGCUGCCUGCAGUGCUGACCUGCUCGUCCAUGCUGACUCCGCACUACACUAAUUAUGAUUAUACUGUUCGGAACGCCACAACAUUUCUUGCAACUUAUUUUCCAAUAAUGUUGAUAAUGCUGCUAAAUCCUUUAUUAUAUUAUUUAUCAUCCAAGGAAGUAUUUAUAUUACUCGUGCUGACAAACGGACAGGUUACGAAUAAGGAGCGUCAUGCAAGUAACAGCGUUUCCUUAAAAUUUCUAAUAAUGAUAAUGUCAUUUUACGUUUGCUGGACGCCCAAUAUAUUUAAUGGCUUUCUCAUAUGGUUAGGUGAUUAUAUGGAGUUGCCUUACUUGAUAUAUCUCAUUAUUUGGUAUAUGAUGGCAGUUACCAACCCCUUGCAAGCCGCUAUAAAUGCUGUUGUUUAUAAGCAGAGGAGCGCCGAAGCCUCAUUGUCUUUUCCUUGCUGUGCUAGCAAAGCAGAUGAAGCUGUUGAAGAAGAUGAAAGUACUCCGUUGCUGGGAACUGCCAGUUCUAGAGAAGUUCCAUAUUGGAGUGUGAAUCAUAGCUGUUCUUAUUUGUGAUAUAUUUUUAAGGUAUUUUAUUAUGUUAAUGUUAUUAUAAUCGUUAUUUUUUAAAAUCUAUAUCUUUUUAUUCUCUUAUUUUAUUUCAUUAUUUUAUUGGCGAUAUUGGUAAAAUUUAUAAAUAUAAUAAAAAUAGUUUCUUUUGCAUUCUUUAAAAA